GCCUGGCAGCGGUGCGGCGGUAGUAGAAUCGGUUCUCGACUCGUUGUUCGUGGAAACGAGUCGCAGGUGGGCGCUGCGGUGUGCGAGGUACGAGCAGCGCCGCGGCACCGGACUAGUCUCGACGCGUUCCGCUCCGCCAUUCGCCAUUCGCCAGUCGCCAGUCUGCGCUCGGCCGCCGCUCGGAACGCUUGUGCCAGUGACGCCGUGCUGUGUGACACAUUUGACAGUUGUUGAUCGUGUGUUCGUGUUAUGUUUUCUUAUCGGAACUAUGGUGUAUCCCCAUGAAAAUGUGGAGUGAUUUUCAGGGCUCUGGCGGGGGGUGCGGCGCCAAACGGCGCGCCGGGUCCCCGUGCGAGGGCGGCAUAGGUGGCAAGGCCGCGCGCUGGGAGGAUUCAAUCGCGCGGCUGGAGGCGGUGGCCGCCGGCGCGGGCGGCGCCGACUGCUGGCGCGAGGAGGACGAACGGCGCGCCUGCCGCCGGCGCUGGUGCGGCGGCUGGUGCGGCGCGCACGACACCAUCCGCGCCGAGAACGGCAAGUCCUACCUCGAGUUGGGCGGCGCCGCGGCGCGCGCCUGCUGCGACGGCCGCGCGGCCGGUCGCUGCGCUUCACGACGCUGCUACCGCGAACGCCGGCUCAAAAUGAUGAACCUGUGCGCACUCAAGCUGGCCAGGUUCCGACAGACGGCCGACCCUUCGCUGCGGCGCUCCGUGCUCGUGUGCAACACGCUGCGCGGUAUCGAGCGCGAGAUGGAGCGCGAGAGCGCGGAGGAGGCGCCCGCGGAGUGCUCGGGCAGCGCGCGCUGCGAGCUGCUGAGCGCGCGCGACCCCGCCGCAGGCCGCGCCACGCCCUUCCCCGUGCCGCCCGCGCCCGACCGCGACUCGGGCUACGGCGACGAGGAACGCGCUAUCGACUGGGGCUCGGUGCUGAGCCUGUCUUCGCGCUCGGCGCUCGACCCGCCCGAGGACGCGUGGCCCGACGACUGGGGCUGGUCGGCUGGCGAGGACAGCUUCGUGCGGCUACUGGUGCCCACGAGUUAGUGCACGGCGCGCGGGCCCGCGCCCGCGCCUCCGCCACACUGAGCGCCUGUGAUACGCCGCCGGCCCGCGGCGCCAGCUGACGCGGCAUCUAGUCGGAGCGGCCACGAGCCACUUAGUAUUACGUUAAUCAGGGAAGGUGCUAGCUUCGGACGUGACGCAGGACCUAAACGCGAGCCGAGUUAUUUUUGAUAGUUUUAUUUCCUUUAAGUGAACUUCAAACCGAGACUAAGUGAUGUGUGGACGUUAUCGAGCCGAGAAAGCUCGGGUGUUUGACGAGUUUUUUGUUGAAAUUAUUGUGUAAUUAAUUAGAUGAAAUGCUAUAUUUAUUACGUUGAAAGGGAAAAGUGAUAAUUUGAAAUUAUUUCUGUCUUGAUAUUUUCUAUGGUGCGCUGCCGAGCGGGAGCGUGAUUUCUGGUUAUGUUAAAAAAAUUACUACUCGUGGAGGUGUGACCUUUUUGCUGUCGAUAUUGACAUACCUCCGAGAUUUAUAUUUACUGUUCGCUCGCCAUCAUUCGCCUUAAUUAAUUUCUGAUAAACAAUGAAAAAGGUCUCACCUCUCACGAUACAGAUUUACGUCAUAUUUAUAUUUGUGUGGACAUGUGCCGAUGUAUUUGUACAGCGCGAACACAAAGUCUGGCGUCGCGCGGUCGGUCGGUGCCGGUGCCCGCGCCUUAUGUUCGCGCUGAGGACAGAAAGCUUACAAAUUGUAAUUAAUAGACCAAAAGCGAGUACUUAAAUUAACCGAUGUAAAUUCAUUAGUUCCGCAUCCAACACUUGUCAUACCGCAAUUGGAUGUCAAUUAUGUCGCCUUGUCGGAUAUCGCCGCGUGCAACACACGUCUGCAUUAAAAUUUGUAUAUCACCAAUGACCAUUGUUGUAUAUUUAAAUACGCCCUAAAUCGGAAUUGUGUAACCUUUAAGUCCCUGUUUGCGCGCUGACGAUUAUUCUGAAGCAAGUAAAAGUUGAUUACACGAGGUUGGCUUUUAUUGAUUUAGACAUAAUUCUACCACGAAGUUGGCAGUUCCUAUCACUUAUACUAGUUAAAUGUUCGUUUUAUUUUUAAUGCUUGUCAGCGGGCAAACAGCACGACAAUUUGCCGUAGACCGAAUAAAAUAGUAUCAAAUGCAAUGUGAUUUGAAAAAUAAAAUGAUACAACAAUAGCAACACAAAAACCCUGACUAACUCAAUGAUGACCUAUCAGCUGAUACGUUGUCAGAAAGAGCUCAAAUAAUUUACAAAGCGGCUGCUAUGUCCUCAUUAAGUGCGACGGGUUGUGGCCAGCCACGUGAAAUGGGAUGCUACGAAUCGACAUCGGGUUUUGUGGUCAGUGUUAAAUGGUGCGAAGUCGUUAUUUAAUUAGCGCACUUUAUAUUUUAUUUGAGGAGCGGUCGAUUGUUUUUGCUCGCACGGCCGCCCGGACCGCACGGACCGCAACGUCGACCGUCGUCCCCACGGGCCGACGACUGCAUGGACCAAACAUUCCUACAUAGCACGACUCAAUAGAGCAAAGUACAAAUUUCAAAGUUAUAUGGAUUAGUGCUUCGGCGCAUGUUUGUCCACCGUUGUCAAUUACUCAAAUAUUUGAAUUGUGAUUCGGUAGCUAAUGAGAGAAAACUCUAUGUUCUUAAAUUUAGUGUACAUAUUAUAUACGGAGUUGGGCAUUAUGGCGCGAUGAUCGCAGCCGUUGUAAAUAAAUUAUGUAAAGUAUUAAUUUUAAUAAUAUCGAUAUCGACAAGCCGAGUGGCGCUUCACUCGACGACUGGGGCCUGGGUAGGGAGGAGCCGUGUUUGUGAAGCUGUGUUGUUACGAUGCAGCCUUUAUUCUGUCCAGUACGCUCGAAACAAGUACAGAUUUACAAGUUACAUAUUAUAAAUGCAUUUUACGAUAAGUCACAAGAAAUUCUCGCCGCUACUGUUGAAGAUCAGAUAAUUUUAAUUCUUGAGUUCUGAACUCAUGCCCUCGUAUUAUAAAUAGUUACUUGUUUCGAUUCUAAGAUUAAUUUCGCAUACGUACCUACCUUAAUGAUUUUUUGUUGAACAUGUCCGUAUGGUUGGUUGUGAUGGUUUACUUAAGUAAGUUAGUGAAUUAUGAAUAAAGUGGUCUGUCUACUUUAAAUAUAAUCUAUAAUGUCUCGCACAUUUGUACCGACAACUCUAAACACUGUAAUAUAUCUGUCGCAUUCAGACGCAUGACUUUACAAUGUACUUAAGAUAAUCAGAUGUAUUUUUUUCAUUCUCAAAUUUCUAAAUUUCCUCACCGCUGCGACACGAAUGCGACAGAGAUAUCACUUCCGGAUGCUUGCAAUCGUGUACAAAUUAAAACGAAAAUACCUUAGUAGACUCGUUUUGGCCUUUCGUCCUGUCAUUUUCACAAAACGGGCCAAAUUGUACAAAGUAAAGUUUGAACAUAAAUAUUGUGCUCACUGAAUAAGUCUCAAUUUUGUUGUGUGAACUGUGAGUGUGUGAGAGAGGCGAGUGGUCGGGUUCUAUUUUUGGGUGGUUUGGAACUGUAUUCUCUUCUGUUCUUUGUGUUACCUAAUGCCAUAUCGGGUUGGUGCGGGGAAGCAGGGGCCGUGGCGCUCCGCUCCGGUACUUUGCCUCGCCGCGCAGUUUUGUGAUUGUGACGCAGCAAUAAUUGUCGAUAGAACCCUCGGCGCAUCCGUCUAAUUUUACGCGCGUCGUUUCAAAGAAACGUUCGCGACGUCACCAUACGUAACUUAAAUCUAAUUGUAAUUAAUUCUUUUAGUUUUUUUCAUUGUCAUCGGUUACCAAAAGUGACAGGAUUUUAUUAAAACAUUCUUGUAUAUUCUAGGAAGAAAUACUCUCAUUAGGAAAUGGCGAAAUCAAUUUUGAAUAAAGUUUCUAA